UCCACAUGUAUUCUUCUUGCUAGGAUGACAUCUCUUCUGAUGCUAAUGAGCAAAAAUGGCUCUUGAAAGGUCUGGUACUAAACAAGGAAGUAAAAUUUACCAGGAGUGAGAAAAGACAAUGGAUCCAGACUUUUUAAAUGUGUUUACACAGCCUGCUGGACUUAAUCAAUUCCUAGCUGAAAAUGUCAUAGCUCAAGGUGAGAAGAAGAAAAUCAUAAAACCGACCUCAAACAACAAUCCCAAAUUGGAAGAAUUAAAACUGUUAUUGAUUGACUGGAUUAACACAACUCUGAAAGAGGAACACAUAGUAGUUAAAAGUCUGGAAGAAGAUCUGUAUGAUGGGCUGGUACUUCAUCAUCUUUUGGAAAACCUAGGAUCUCUCAAGUUGGAUGUUGACAAGAUUGCAUUAACAGAAAAAAAGCAGCGACAGAAACUCUCUGUGAUUCUGGAAGCUGUGGCUAAGUGUUUGCAACUGGAAGAAAGUCAGCUGAAAUGGAGUGUGGAAUCUAUCUUGGCAAAGGACUUACUGAGCACACUGCAUCUUCUGGUUGCAAUAGCAAAGCACUUCAAACCCAACCUGGCCAUGCCUCCAAAUGUUCAGGUGGAAACGAUCACCAUUGAGAACACCUCCAGAGGAUUAAAGACGGCAAAUGCGGUGGAAUAUAUCACAGAAAACAAGGAGAAUUCAGAAGCACAGUCAAAAGAUGAUGCCUUUGAUGAAUUAUUUAGCCGUGCUCCAGAUAAACUGGAUGCUGUAAAAAAGGUAUUUUUGCAAUUUGUCAACCAGCAUGUUGGAAAAUUAGGAUUAAAUGUGAAAGACAUCGAAUCUCAGUUUGCAGAUGGAGUUAUCUUACUGCUGUUAAUUGGACAACUGGAGGGUUACUUUCUGAAUUUAAGGGAUUUCUUCCUGACUCCAGCCAGCACCACGGAGAUGCUUCACAAUGUUAACCUUGCAUUGGACUUGCUGGCAGAUGGAGGUCUCCUGAAUUUUUCUGUGAACUCUGAAGAUAUUGUGAAUGGAGAUAUGAAGACUAUAAUGCGGAUUCUGUAUUGUUUGUAUUCCAAAUACAAGACCAAAGAAACAUGAAGAGCAAGGCCAAGAGCUCAAGAGCUUGGGCUUUUUUUUUUUCUGCCUUUUUUUUUUUUCCCCCCCUAGCAUGUCAGGGUCUGAUUUUUGGAUUCCCAGCUCUGUUUGCCACUGUUUGUGUGCAUGCACUUGUGUUCGGCACUUGCUGUAUUAACAUUGUAUAUGCAAGUAUGUAUUCAUGCAAGGUUGCACAUACACCGCCUGAAUAACUGUAAGCGUGUGUGUGUGUCCAGGGCCCGUGUACUGUGUAAUUCUGUGACUGUAGCUCUUGCUCCAGCCCUGUCUCUUGUUCUCUCUUAGCCCUCCUAAUGAUGCAAACAAGUGCAAUGUGUGUUUAUUCUGGACUGUGGAUUCUUUGCUUCUGGAGAUGAUUUUGGAAGCUGUUAUUGCAGCCUCCCCACUUUCCUGCUUCUGAUUCAUUCUGAAAACUAGAGAGGUGAAAGACCCACCACGGCAUCUCUGGGAAGAUUGCAGACACACUCGAAGCUCAAGUUCAAAACCUUCUUUACACAGGUGGCCAGCUGUUGUCACACAAGAGGAUGUGGACUGGGCACCAAAUGAAUAGGUAGUUGAAAUGAAAUCUGAACUUAUCAAGUGUUUGAUAAAAAUUUCACCAUUUGCCUGCUUGAAUAUGGAAAAGGGACCCAGAAUAACAUGCUGGCGUGAGACCGUGCAGUAACAGAGGCAUUUCCUGCACAGCUGUGGAAAGUUGCCCUUAUUUCCUUGCUAAGCUAAUGCCAAACUGUGGCCAGCUCCAGCCUGUUGCAGCCCUAACGUAAUGUCUGACUAGCGGGGACGCCGAUUCCUGCGUACAGCAGGUUAUACGAGUGACUAGGACAACCACGCUUUCUCUCCGGUAAGAGGUGGAUACGUGCUGGCUUCCUCUGCGGCUGGUAGAAGUAGAGGCCGUCACGGGCGGGAGUAGCGAAACUCUGAGCUUCUGCCACUUCUGACGGCAUACUCGUGCUGUGGGGACUCUCAAACGCCUCCGAGACUCUCUGAGGUGAAUUUGUCCGGUGACCGUCCCCAGGCAUCCCAGCAGCUCCCUCUGGGUGCCCAGGAGGCUAGCCGCAAUUUAUGUUAGCUGUCACCCUCGGUCUUUCUCGGGGGUUUUAAAUCAGAACUCCUUCAAAACCUCCCUAAACUCCCUUGACCUUAAAAUUAUGUCAUAUUUGUGUUGCAUAAGCUUGAGAUCUAAUUAAUAAAAAAAAAAAAGAUGUUUUGAUAUUA